AUUCCUCGAGAUGGCUGGGACCAACAGCAGCUUCCCAGAGGGCUUCAUUCUGACGGGCGUGUCCGACCACCCCGAGCUGGAGAUGAUCUUCUUCGUGGUCAUCCUCUUCUCUUACUUGCUGACCCUGAUCGGGAACUUCACCAUCAUCCUGCUCUCUCGACUGGAUCCCCGGCUGCACACGCCCAUGUACUUCUUCCUCAGCAACCUCUCCUCCCUGGACCUCGCCUUCACCACGAGCUCUGUCCCGCAGAUGCUCAUCAACCUGUCGGGGCCAGACAAGACCAUCAGCUACGGUGGCUGUGUGACCCAGCUCUACGUCUUCCUCUGGCUUGGGGCGACCGAGUGCAUUCUGCUCGUGGUGAUGGCCUUUGACCGUUACGUGGCGGUGUGCCGGCCCCUACACUAUACCACCAUCAUGAACCCUGGGCUCUGCUGGCGGCUGGCUGUCGUGGCCUGGUUGGGAGGGCUGGGAAACUCUCUGAUCCAAUCCACGUUCACUCUGCAGCUCCCGCUGUGUGGGCACCGGAGGGUGGACAACUUCCUGUGCGAGGUGCCUGCCAUGAUCAAGCUGGCCUGCGGGGACACGCAUCUCAAUGAGGCCGUGCUCAACGGUGUCUGCACCUUCUUCACCGCGGUCCCACUGAGCGUCAUCCUGGUCUCCUACUGCUACAUCGCUCGGGCCGUGCUGAAGAUCGGCUCCGCCGAGGGCCGCAGGAAGGCCUUCAACACGUGCCUCUCACACCUGCUGGUGGUCUUCCUCUUCUACGGCUCGGCCAUCUACGGGUACCUGCUGCCUGCAAAGUCCAGCAACCAGGACCAGGGCAAGUUUAUUUCCCUCUUCUACUCGGUCAUCACGCCCAUGGUCAACCCUCUCAUCUACACUCUGCGGAACAAGGAAGUGAAGGGGGCACUGAGGAGGCUGCUGAGGAAGGGGAGGGAAGUCGGCUGA